AUGGACUUGACUAAUGAGUUUGGCUUCAUGGCAAUUGCAACUUUUGUUGCAUUUAGAGCUCUCAAGAAUGGUGAGACACCAGUGGCAUGCAUAUUUGUUCAUGAGCCAACAAACACCAUCCUAAGUUUCGGGUGCAACGACACAAACAGAUCUCUCAAUGGUACGAUGCAUGCCGAGUUUGUCGCCAUUGAAAAGAUUUUUCAAGGAUUUAAUCUAUACAAGAAAGGAAGAGGAGAAAUCAUUGAUUUUUUUAUGGAAGUGACCCUUUAUGUAACCGUGGAGCCGUGUGUGAUGUGUGCACUGGCUAUUAAACAGUUGGGUAUCAAGCGAGUGUAUUUUGGUGCAGCCAAUGAUAGGUUCGGUGGUAAUGGCACGGUUAUCAAAGUUCAAGAAAAUGACAGCUACAGCAGCUGUGGUGGGAUAAUGAGAGUCGAGGCUGUCCAAUUACUUCGAAACUUCUACAUUCAAGAGAACAACACUGCACCAGUUCCAAAGGUAAAGAAAAACAAAGAAAUCGACGGGAAAAGCUUUCCUCCAAACUUGGACUUCAGGAAAUAUCUAACAGAGGAAAUGUUUGAUCAGAUUUAUGGAGAGGUUCGCCGGGAAGAGUUUUUCAGACACCCGAACCCAAAUCGAGAAAUAACUCCAACAAUAGCCAAGGGAUACGAAUUACUGGAUUUACUUUCCGAGGAAAAGAUAUUGAAUAUUCCAAAUCUUUCUGAUUUAUAUCCAUUGCAUGAUAUGGAUGUUGUUAAAGACAUUAUGGAACUUAACUUACUAUUGCCGAGAAUUGAAGAUGAUGGUAUUGUGAAAUGGAGAAGUUGA